UUCCAUGUUUGUUGACCACCGCCUCUAUUUCAUCCAACGGCCAAGAAUGAGCAAGUUGUAAUCGCAAGGCCGAUAUGUUUUUGGGAUAUUUAUUGGAGUUACCCUUCAUCUUCUAGAACCAACAAGUGUGCUUCUGUGCAUCAUUCCAGCAAAGGUUUAAAGAUGGCUUUUCUCAAUAAAAUUGGGAACAUUCUUAAACAGAGUGUAGGCAAAAACACAAACUUGGACCUCUCUGGCUCAAAUGCUUCACUUUUCCAGGCUAUAAGAAGCAUGUCUUCGUCUAAGCUUUUUGUUGGAGGUCUCUCGUAUGGCACUGAUGAAAGUUCUUUGAAAGAGGCAUUCUCUCAAUAUGGUGAUGUAAUCGAAGCUAGAGUUAUUCUGGAUCGUGAAACUGGGAGGUCCAGAGGCUUUGGUUUUAUUAGUUUUCCAUCAAGUGAAGAAGCAACAAGUGCCAUGCAGGCCAUGGAUGGUCAGGAUCUUCAUGGAAGACGGAUAAAGGUGAAUUAUGCCACAGAAAAGCGUCGUGCUGGUUUUGGAGGUGGCUAUGGUGGUGGUAAUUUUGGUGGUGGUGGAGGUUAUGCAGCCGGCAAUUAUGGAGGUGGAGGUGGUGGAUUUUCUGGUGGUUACGGUUCUGCAGGAGGAGGUGGCUACGGUAGUAGUGGUGGUGGUUAUAAUUAUGGCGGGGAUGGUGGAAAUUUUGCAGGUGCUGGAGGUUACCCAACCAACAAUUAUGGUGGAGGGGGUGGGUUUUCUGGUGGCAACAGUUCUGGUGGAUACGGUAGCUAUGGAGGCGGUAGUAACUAUGGGAACAACAAUAGUUCCCCUGUUGAGGGUGGUAACUAUGGAAGCCCUCCAAGCAGCAAUUAUUCUGGUCAAGGCAGUGAUUUUUCGGGUGGUUAUGGUGGAGGCAACAGUGGGAAUGACUUUGUUGGAGUUCCUAGUAAUAAUGGCUUCACUAACAUAGGAUUUGGUGGGAGCUCUGAAGCAUCACAUAAUGGAGGCCAAGAACAGCUUAGUGCAGAUCAAGGGGGGGCUCAAUCUGUAAAUGAGGACCUUGGACAGGAGACAUCAGUAGAAGGAAAUUACAGGGAUGACGAUGAUGAACCAAAGGAUUACGCCAACAGGGGCUGAAAAAAUGUUUAGUUUCAAGAGAAUGUCUAGGACAUGUUUGAGUCAUUCGUGAAUAAAAUGUCCAUCCCGUUUCCGCAGCAUUCAUAACUUUGUCUAGUUUUAUGAAUUUACAGGCCUCAAAAGUUUCUUAAUAAUACUCGGUUUAGUAUCAAUUGAACUAGCAAUAUGCGUAUUAGUGAAUACUUACUAGCAACAUUUGCAUAAAAAAUGCACAAAAUUUGUUAUCUCUUCAGAAUGUGAUAUUCAUCAUAUUUCUUUUGUUUUA